GUUACUGAUUGGCUGCAGCGAGAACGGGACCCGCCUACCGGAAGUGACGAACACAUCUCUUGCCCUGCGGGUUAGGGGGCGGGCUGUGGCAUAGUGUUGUGAUUGGUCGGUUCUCGGCAAGAGGUCGCGUCUGAUUGGCCGGAUAGUCGCGCAGGAUGAUGGAGGGUUUCUCCGGGCUGUUCGUUCCCUCGGAGCCGCCACCAUCACUCCCCUCCGUGCCCGGGGUCCCCGCGGUUGUUCCGGGGGCAGGUGUUGGGUUUGGGGCCGGUAAACCUCAUCCAGCCCCCGGAGUCCCCAACUCUUCGGUCCCCGGUCCCCCACUGCCUCCUCCUCCCUCACUGUCCGCCGUCCCUGCCGGGGAGGAUGGAGCCCGAAGGCCGCCCGGUCCCUUCUAUCUGCUCCGAGAGCAGCCAGGACUCUCGGAUCUCACCGGCAGCGUCAAUCUCAUCCUCCAUUAUAAUCUGGAACAUUCAUUCGGGAAAUUCUGUGGCAAAAAAGUCAAAGAAAAACUCAGCAACUUUCUUCCGGACCUUCCAGGGAUGAUUGACACCCCCGGCUCCCAUGAUAACAGCAGUCUACGGUCUCUAAUAGAGAAGCCUCCGAUCUGUGGGAAUUCCUUCACUCCUCUGACCGGCGCUCUCCUCACAGGAUUCAGACUACACGCCGGCCCGCUCCCAGAACACUGUCGCCUGAUGCACAUACAGCCGCCAAAGAAGAAGAACAAGAAACACAAGCAAAGCCGAACACAGGAGCCGGCGCCUCCAGAGACUCCGUCAGAUUCCGAUCACAGGAAAAAGAAGAAGAAACAAAGAGAAGACGAUCCGGAGCGGAGGAGGAAGAAGAAAGACAAGAAGAAAAAGAAGAAUCGGCACAGUCCGGAGCACCCCGGAGCCGGCAGCUCGCAGAGCGGAUUGCGCUGACGAUUCGCCUUUAUUUGUACAUACGCUCGUCUGUCACUUUUAUAGGGUUCAUUCUUUUUAAUAAAGCUCCUCUGUCCCCCGG